AUGACAGGGUAUUUGGCGAGGCAAGAAGUGGACAUUGGAGGGUCUCCAAUGUUCUUCACAUCUGAAAGACUAUCAGUAGUAGAAUACAUAUCCAGCCCUACACCAACUCGCUCCAAGUUUGUGUUUCAACAACCAAAACUUUCAUAUGAGAAUAAUUUAUUUACGUUAUCUUUCAAUUAUCCUUUAUGGAUCGGUACUAUAGCUUUAUUAUGUUUACUGUAUUUGGUCAUUUGCGCUGUAACCGUAUGGGAGUGGAACAAAAAUGUACUGUCUAAAAAACUCCUGGAAAACGCAGGAGUUUUGCGACCAAAUUUAGUGGAUAUAGCGCUAUUCGUGUUCGGAUGUACAUGUCAACAAGGAAGCGUUGUUGAACUUAAAGGUUCCCUAGGUCGAAUGGUAUUAUUACUGCUGUUCGUCUCUCUAACAUUUUUAUAUACCUCGUACUCCGCUAACAUUGUUGCUCUAUUGCAAUCGAGUUCGUCUCAAAUCAGGACGUUGGAUGAUUUACUGAACUCAAGGAUGAAGUUCGGCGUCCAUGAUACGGUGUUCAACAGAUACUAUUUCUCGACUGAAACAGAGGCUGUGCGUCGAGCAAUAUAUGAAACUAAAGUAGCUCCUCCCGGAAGUAUACCAAGUUUCAUGACUAUGGAAAAUGGAGUUAAAGAAAUGAAAAAGGGAUUGUUCGCUUUCCAUAUGGAAACUGGCGUUGGCUAUAAGUUUGUUGGAAAAUAUUUCGAAGAAGGAGAAAAAUGUGGCCUAAAAGAAAUACAAUACCUGCGUGUCAUUGACCCUUGGUUGGCUGUCCAGAAAAAUACUCAGUUUUUGGAAAUGUUCAAAAUAGGGACAAAACGUCUUCAAGAACAUGGUUUGCAACAAAGGGAGAAUCAUUUGCUUUACGAAAAGCGACCCAAAUGUUCUGGAAGACAGGCUAAUUUCGUAUCCGUCAGUAUGGUAGACUGUUAUCCAGCUUUAUUGAUACUGUCAUACGGAGCUCUCGUUGCGGCUACAGUCAGCGUGGUGGAAGUGUUAUACUAUCGACGACAACAAAUAAUUAAUGCUAUUAGGAAA